AUGAUCUCUAUGGGUGGGGUCAUUGGUAUGGGUCUUUUCCUGGGAACAGCCAAUGCCUUGCGACAAAGUGGACCUUUGGGUCUGUUAUUGGGUUAUUCGGUGAUGGGAACCAUCGUAUGGUGUGUCAUGGCCUCUCUGGGUGAGAUGAUUUCAUAUCUCCCGAUAGCCGGUGGUCACGUUACGCUAGCCAAAAGAUUUGUCAACCCAUCUCUGUCACUGGCAUUGGGAUGGAAUUACUGGUACACGUUCGUAUCAUUUUUGGCGGCUGAAAUCUCCGCUUCAGCCAUAUUGAUCAAUUAUUGGACCACAUCUGUCAAUAAUGCGGUAUGGAUGAUACUGGUACUAGCUCUUGUAACAAGCAUGAACUUCGCGCCAACUCAUUUUUACGGAGAGUUUGAGUUUUGGUUUGCUUCUAUCAAAGUGGUCACUAUAGUGUCUUUGAUCAUUACAGGGAUUGUUCUUGACUUGGGUGGUGGACCAAACCAUGAUAGAAUUGGCUUUCGAUAUUGGAAAAAUCCAGGACCAUUUGUCCAAUUCCUCGGAAUACAAGGUGUCACUGGUAGAUUUUUGGGUUUUUGGUCGGCCUUAAUACAAGCAACUUUCUCAUGCAUCGGUACUGAGAUCACUGCGAUAACAGCAGGAGAGGCUAAAAAUCCGAAAAAAACCCUCCCUUCAGCUAUUCGAAAAGUUGCGAUUCGGAUUCUGAUGUUCUACGUCAUGGGAACCUUUGUCAUCGGACUCAUAGUCUCUAGCGAUGAUCCUCGACUGAAUCUCAACUCGCAUAACGCUGCUAGCUCACCGUUUGUGAUUGCAAUUCACGAUUCGGGAAUCAAAGCAUUACCUUCAAUCAUUAAUGCAGCACUUUUAACUGCAGCAUGCUCGGCUGCUUCCAGCGACAUGUAUACUACCUCUCGAGCACUCCAUGGUUUAGCUCUAGCAGAGAAUGCACCUGCGAUUCUUAGACGUACCAAUUCACAGGGUGUACCUUGGUUAUGUGUGUUGGUAUCCGCCGCAAUGGGACUUUUGAGCUUCAUGUCUAUUGGAGGCCAUGGGGCCGGUCAAGUCUUUACAUGGCUAGCGACUAUGUCCUCUGUAGCUGGACUACAAACAUGGAUCGGUAUCUUAAUCACAUAUCUAAGGUGGGAUUCAGGGGUACAAGCACAGUCAAUUAAUCGAUCAGAUUUUCCUUAUGUUUCAUACCUUAGACGCUGGGGAGCAUAUCACGGCCUGAUACUAUGCUCACUAACAUUGAUAUUCAAUCCCUUCACGGUCUUUAUAAAAGGGCAAUGGUCAACUCCUACUUUUGUUACUGGAUACCUACCGCUCGUGAUGUUCUGCGCUUUGUAUUUUGGAAGCCGGGUCUAUUAUCGAUGUCAAGGGGUGGAUGGUCGACCAAUAAAACCAAUGGAAAUGGUAGGGAUCCUUCAUUAUCUCUCCUUGGGCAAAAGAUCCAAUGAUUCUCACAAUGUGUCAUGUAUAUUAGGACUUUGUUUCAGAUGCUCGUGA